AUGGACAAUCCUUUAUAUCAAGCUGGAAAAACAACAUCAAUGAAUGCUGAUUCAGGUGGUCAAGUAAAGAUUAACUUCAACGAAGCUGUCUUAUCUGUUGAUGACAAAAGAUCAGCAAAACAAACUGCAACUGAUUUAUAUCGAUACAAACUUCGUCGUUUCAUUGAAACUAUUGGCUUUCGACUUACUAUUGCACUAUUAUUUAUUGCUGAUUUAAUUAUCAUUGCUAUUUCGAUAGCAAAAGAGGGUACACCGCAGGCAUACGGAUUGACUAUAGCUAGUACAAUUUUAUCCGUUAUUUUUAUGAUGGAUAUUGGUCUUCGUAUUUUUGUUCAAGGGUCGGAAUUUUUCCAGAAGAAAUUAGAAGUAUUUGAUUUAGUUGUCAUGACUGCUGGUCUUAUUGUUAAUAUUGUACUUUUGUUUGAUGAUGGCCAUAAAGCACAAUGGGGAAAAUUCAUUAUUAUACCGCGUGUAUUUCGUUUUGCUAGUUUAAUUCGAACAAUACGUAUCCUUCAACAUCGAGAACAUUUUAAAACAGGUUCUCGUCAUUUAGUUGGACAAAAUAAAAAACGAACUAUUGGUAAUGGAUUUGAUCUUGAUUUAUGUGCUAUAAGUGAUAGAAUUAUUGCUAUGUCAUUUCCAAGUAAAGGCAAAGAUGCUUUUUUUCGAAAUGAUAUUGUUGAUGUUGGUCAUUAUCUUGAUAUAACUUAUGGCAAUCAUUAUCGUGUAUACAAUCUUUGCAGUGAACGUUUUUAUGAUACAACUUUCUUUCAUAAUCGAGUUGAACGUAUUCUAAUUGAUGAUCAUAAUGUACCAAGAUUAAAUGAUAUGAUUCGUAUGGCAGAUUCAGUAACUGCAUGGUUUGAAGAAAAUGAAAAAAAUGUUAUUGCUGUUCAUUGUAAAGGUGGAAAAGGUCGAACUGGAACAAUGAUAUCAGUUGCUUUAUUGAGAAGUGGUAUUUGUGAAACAGCCGAGAAAGCAUUGGAUUUAUUUGCUGAAGGACGAACAGAUUUACGUCAUGGUAAACAAUAUCAAGGUGUUGAAACACCAUCACAAACACGAUAUGUUGGUUAUUAUGAUAAAAUUCUUCAUAUUUAUAAUCAUGAAAUGCCACCAACGAAAGUCGUAACAUUAAAUUCAAUUGUUAUUACAGCAAUAGCAAGUAUUGGAAAUGGUGAUGGUAGUGAUUUAUUUUUUACAAUUAGCAAUUACGAUGAAUUAUUGGGAAAAUUUCAGUUACGUCAAGAUAAUCAACUUGAUACAAAUUCUUGCAAAAACGAACAUAAUAGAGAAGAAGAUAAAGUAACUAUUUCCGAUAUUCGUUUAUCUCCAUUGAAAGGCGAUGUUAAAAUAAUGUUUUUCUCAACGAAUAAAAAAGUUCCAAAAAAUUAUGAUGAUUGUGCAUUUUAUUUUUGGUUUAAUACAUCAUUUAUUGAAAAUAAUUCACUUUUAUUAAAACGUGAAGAAUUGGAUAAUCCGCAUAAAGCAAAAACUUGGCAUAUUUUUCGUGAAAAAUUUUCUGUGUUACUUACAUUUGGUAAUGAAGCAUAA